GCUGGCGAAUGGGAUGGAGAUCCUGCUGCUCGCCGACCCUCUGCAGCUUCGCUCUGCGCCCUCGCACGUCUCACUGUCGGUCGCUGGCGGCUUCCUGCACGACCCGGCGCAUCUCCCUGGCCUCGCCACGCUGGCGGGUCAUUUAGUCUUCAACAACUACGUGCCCGUCUCUUCGCCGCCGUCCUAUGGUCUGUUUUCUUCCUCUGCCUCUUCGCGCGCGCACGCGGCCUCUGAGCACUUCCCGACGACACACGCGCGGAGCCGCGACACCAAGGAGGCAGAAGCGGAGCAGGCCGACGCGGAACAUGAGGGCGACACUGAGACGCUGCCCCCAGACACGCGCGAGGAGGACGGAAUGCGCGAGGCCGGGCGGGCGGAGGAGGGGCCGGAGCGACGAAGGCGCGACGAGAGACGUGGUGGGGAGUGCUGCGAAGAAGACGAACUCCAAGGAUUUUAUCCAUCUCUGGAUGCGUUUUUAUUCGCUAACAACGCCGCGGAGCCGCUCCACUUCUCGACUGGCGAGUUCGCGUCGUCGCUGUCCUACUCGGUGCCCGCGCCCGCGCUGUCUGCGUCGCUCAGGCAGCUGAGACACGUGCUUCUACACCCCAACAUCACCGAGGCGAGCGUCGGCGUAGGCGUCAUCCAGCUCCUCCAGCAGCAGCAGAAGCAAGUUCGCAAACGAAGAAGCGAACCGUACUGGCGAAAGGCCUCCAUUCUCAAAAAUCACGUGUUCAAUCCGGCGCACACGACCUCGCGCUUCCACGUGGGGUCGACCGACCUGCUGUUUCUCCUGCUUCACCACCAGCAGCAGACGGCGACGCUGCGGCGGCCGCGGCCGGAAGGCGCAGGCGGAGCGCGCGACGCCUCUUCUUCCGCGUCGUCGUCGCCUGGCUCGGCGCCCGCAGGGCCUGCGGCUAAAGACGACGCGAGUGAAGACGAGGUUGCAACCGCGCGAGAGGAAGGAGAAGGCGUCCAUGAGGGGGGAGAGGACGGGUUCAGCGGUGCGUGGCGGGGGUCGGAGGGGCGAGAGAGAGGGGGUGGUGCGUCGUCGCGGCAGCCGCCGGCGCAGUUUGAGCGCGUGGCGCUGCCCAUGGUGCAGCACUUGAGUGUGUGGCUGCGGAACGAGCACAUCCCGUCGCUCGUGUGGGACUGGCACGAUCAGUUUUAUGUCGCGAACGCGUUUAAACUGGUCAUCUCGACUCCGGGGUCCGUCGAGGACUUGGACCGCCUCACGCGGCGCAUCCAGCGACUCUUCGGUUCCUUCAGGUCGAAUCCGGAGCUGGCGCAGGCCUUCACCUGCGACGCGCACGCCGACACGCCGUUCUUCUCCUCGGCGAAGGAAGCCGAGCGCGUCGCCAGGGAGGAAGCCGAAGCGCUCCGCGCCGUGAUGCAGGCCCGCCGCGACGACGGAGACCUGCGGAGGGCGCGAGACGCGCAGGACCGGCCGAUGCGCCAGGAGGGAGACUACCGCCGCGCAGGAGCUGGAGCGGAGGACUGGGGGUCGCGCAGAACCGAGGGCAGAAAAGGACGAAAUUCCGCUGGGGCGCCCUUCUUUCAGCCGACGCGCGUGCCGCAGGUCGCGUGCCUCGCGACACCUUCCGCGACUCUCGGCGAAGGAGCGAGCGAGACGUGCGCCGACCAGACAGGCAGCGCAGCCGGCUCACGCGAAGCGAGCACAGGAAACAGCGCGACCCACGCAGACUCAGGCGCUGCUGCAGAGAAAGAAAAGACGCCGCGGAAAGGGAACGCCCCAGACAGCGGUGUGCCGCCGGAAGAAGACAGCAGAAGGAAGCGCGACGACCCCAGGGCAGUCCCCGUGGCCAGGCACUGCGACCUGAAGAAAGAAGUCCUGAUGGAGCCUGCGACGGACCACGAACACAGCGUGGACUUUGUCUUUGUCUUCGAAAAACCUCAUCCGGAGUGGAACGUCUUCGAUGCGAAAUACGUCGUCGACGUGCUGGGCUCGGAAGGCCCCGGCUCGCUCAUUUCGCAGCUGAGGCAGCAGGGGUUGGCGGACGCGAUUGAUGUCGAGGCGGAGGAGAGUCGGUGCUACUCCACUCUUCGCGUUUCGGUGGAAAUCAAAGACUACAACGUCAACCACACGGCCCUCACCUUAAUUGGUUCUGCGCUCUUUUCGUACCUAAGAUUUAUUCGAGAGUCUCCGUUGGAUCGCGCAUUCGUCGAGAGUCGCGUGCGCAUGUACCGCCUCGCAUUCGACGCGCACGUGCCUCCACUGCCUCCGCGGCCGCCGCUGCCCUCCGCGCUGGGGACGGCGCGCCCUCUCCUGGCUUCACACGCCAGCAACCCUGCCUCGUCGCCCGGUCAGGCUGGCGCGCGCUUCUCUCCGCAGGAAGAAGCGGCGUAUCUCGCGGCCGAUCUCCAAGAAGUCUCGAGUCCGGAUCGCGUCUUCACGGAGCAGUGGCUGUUUGAAAACGUCAAAAAGCCGUCGCUCGAGCGCUACAUCGACCAGCUCAAACCCGACAACCUCAUCCUCAUGAUCUCGUCUCCGCUCGUCGUGCCGCUCUGCACGUUGGUUUCGUCCUUUUUCGGGAUUCCGUUCGCCGUCAAUCCGCUGGACGCGACACAGGAGCUCACAUGGUCGGCCCUAGCGUCGCUGCCCGCAGACCGCGCGCUGCUUCUCGGGCGGCGCACGGGUUUCUCGUUGCCGCUCGUCUCCUUCUUUCUUCCGCCAGACGCCCGCCUCACCGCGGGGCACCACCUCAACGCAGACGAAGAGGACGCGGCGAGGCGCGCAGGGCCUCCGUCGGCGCGCGCGGAGACCGGCGAAGCCGUUUUGUCCUCCUCGGCCUCAGCCGAAGCGGAGGAGGAGGAGGCGCGGGCGCUCUUCUUCGCGCGGCCCGUGCCGCGGCUGCUGUCGUUCGACGCAGACGACGCAGAGGAGGCGGGUCAACCUCUCGGCGCGGAGAGAUGCAGAGGACGCUGCGAGCUGUUUCACCUCCCGUACCGCGUGGAGAAGCAGGAUCCGCCGCGCGCGUCGGUCACGCUCCUCCUCAACUACGCGCAGCCUAACCCUAAACCCUUCGACGACCCGCGAGAGCUCGCGGAGACGCGAGAAGACGCGCGACAGGGGGGCGCGCCGGCUAGCAGCGACGCGCGGCACGACCGGCUUCUGUCCGCGGCGGAGUUUCGAGAAAAAGCUCUCGGACUCAUGGGCCUCUACGUCGCCACCGUCAAGGAGAUGCUACACGAGGUUACUGUGUACGCCUCGAUGGCGGAAAUCUCCUUCUCUGUCGAAGCAGAUCCAAGCGCGCCCCGUGUCGAGGUGCACGUAGAAGGCGUGUCCGCAGUGCUGCCGGCGCUGACGGAGCUCAUCGUCAAGGGCCUCGUGGAGGGUUCCCCCGGCCCUCCCGUGGAGUUGAGUGACGCCGCGUCGCCGGCCGAGCCCGCCGACGCGUCGCCGUCGUGGUCUGUCCCCUCUGAGGGUCUGCCGCCACUGCCCAGCUCCUUCGCGUGCCGCGACGAGCGCCGAGACGCCUGUGCGCAGUUCCUCGACAUCGCCGCGUUCAGCCGAGUGAAGCACGAGAAGCUCGAAGAGAUCCGCCAGGGCUCGUCAGACCUCCCAACCUGCCUCAGCGACGUCGUCAGCGAUGCGCUGCUGCGCUCGCGAGUCCCUCUGAGCCGACGAAGGCAAUUCGAGCUCGUCAAGCACGCGGGGAUCUCCGAAGUCGAGGAUGCCGGCGCAAUGCUCAAGGGCAAGGUGUUCCUGCAGGCACUCGUGACUGGCGACAUAAGCGCCGCAGCGGCGAAGGGUCUGGUCGCGCGCGUGGCGACGCGCCUGCAGCUCUCGCGUGCGCCUGCGAUCGAGGAGUUGACCUCCGAGCCUGUCAUUUCGAUGCAGCACAUGGCGUUCCCCGCCUUCCUCCAGCGCCAACUCCGUGUGCGAGGCUCGCGCGCCUUGCCCGCACUGCCGCGCUACCGCUGGCGGCUGGUUUAUGACAGCGCGCCGGAAAGCAACCUGUGUACGGCGCUGCUCCCUGCGGCCUCUACGGCGGGGCGGACGCUUCGCGGCGAGGAGAGAGACAGGAAAACCCCACUCAACGCGCGUCAGCACGACUCCCGAGAGGAACCGCUCCGCCGGCGAGAGGAGACGAAGCAAACGAAAAGAGGAGGCAAGAACAAGAGCGGAGACGACGGACCCCGGCACGGCGCCGCAGACCCUCGCGGCGAGGACGGGCUGUCGGGCCUUUUUCUUCGGAUAUCGACGCUGCGCAUCGAGCUGGGAAAGCUAACGGACGCGCAGCUCGCGAUGGCAACGAUUCUCGAAGUUCUCUUAGCCUACCCGAUGUACCGGCACGUCUGCGCGCUGGAGGGAGCCUGCCACUCUCUUUCUUUUUCUUUGCAUCAGGAGGCUGCAGGCGUCAGCUACUUUCGCUUGGAGCUGCGAGCCUAUGAUAUGCCGGCGUGCAUUGCGGUCGAGCGCGCCGAAGCGUGGCUCUUUACGCAGGCGGGCAUUUAUUCGCGGGGGGUGUCUGCGACGCUUGAGCCUUCGGCGUUUUCGUCGUCGCGCGGCGCUCCGCCGGCGUCUCUUUGGCGGGCCUCGGGGCUGGAGCCGGAGAGCGCGUCCGCGGGGGAGGGCGCGACGUAUCCGGCCGACGGGGAGACGGUUUUGCUGAGGAGAGAUUUCUUCAAGACUUACUACUCGCACAGCCAGGCAGCUGGCGCGGUCGCCGGCGAGCAAGGAUAUCCGCCAGCGUCGUCAAGAACAGAGAGGGAAGAAGCGGCGGCGGGAAGGAGAGACGAACGCAGUGAACGUACGCAGCGCCAGGGUAGCGGCACAAGGCGCAACGUGCCCGCGCCGCCCGCUUUUCCUCCAACUGCAGCGACAGGAAUCGCCUUCAGCGCAGGCCCUCUGGGUGCGCUUGCCACGAGCGUCCCGGGGGGGGCAGAGGGGAGAUGGAGGGCAGCGGAGGCCUCGGGAGAAACACGAAAUUCCUCUCCAGCGGGCUCGUCGCACGGAGCACGUGCGCCGCCUGCGGGCGCCGGUCUCUCGCCACAAGCCGAGCGCGCCGAGGACCUCUUCCGCUCCGAUGCUUCCUUCUUGGCUGCCGCCUUUGAUCCCCGACAACACCGCGGAUUCGGCGAGCCGGGCUUUUUUGCCCUCAUGGAUCCAGAAAGGUUUCAAAAAGCCAAAGACACCGCCGAAAGCGCGCUGCUCAUGCUCUACCCGUGGGAGGCUGAACAUGUGCAGCGGCGGCGCCGGAGAGCACGAAAAAGUGCGAGCGUCGGCUCUGCAGGGCGCGAUCCCACCCGCGAGGCGCCCCAGGAAGAAGACAGGGAAUAUUCUCACACAGAAGACAAGCCGCGCGGUGGUGGAGAGCGUGGACCGAAGGGUGACGUCUUCAGAGGAAGACCGUUUAUCCCGGCCGACGUACAGAUGUUUGUCCAUGAAAUCCGAAGGAGAAGUUACCUCUUUGCGCGACGUGAACAGGUCGCACGACACAUCCAAGGUUUGACGCUGGAAGACGCACAGGACUUUCUCCUCAAUUUCGUGAUCCUAGCUCCGUGGCUGCUCAUCGAGCUAAGCGACUCGCCCACGCUGCUUGAUGACGAGGGCUUCAAGCGCGAACCUGGCGCCACGGACGGCAUCGGCGGAAUGCUCACGGCGGGAUCUGAGACCUGUGCGCACACGGAAGACUACUACCUUGACCGCAGCAUGCCGGAUAUGACCACUCUCGAAACAGGAGGCAGCUCGAAUCCUCUCUGGCGACUGCGAAAUAGCUGGGUGGAUGUCGAAAGUGUCAAGGACUUUCGCAAGGCCGCUACGAAAUCAUAUUCUCUAGGUUCUCCUCUACUAUACAGAAGUGGGCUUCACUUGACAAUGGAUUUCAUCGGGAUGCAGGAGCUGGAUCCUAGUGACUAG